GUCAUGAAACUGGUAAUGGUUAAGACCAGAACAUGGGGAAGAUUCAAUGGAAUAAAAUGGUAACUACGGAACACUUUUGAGGGCAUUUUACGAAACUAUUGUCCCUGUCGUAACAAACGGCCAACGUAGCCAACAAUCAAUCACUAUACACCCAAUCCAAAAGCUCACCCUUUGGGAUCUGUGGAACUUGUCCAUCGUUUUUAUCACACAAACCAACCCCUUGAAAAUUCAGAGCAACAAAUUAGUAGAAUUAAAUAACACAACCCAAACCUAAGCGAUAAUAAACCAUAGAAUUGCGAGAUCAAGAUUCACAAUUUAAUAGCGAAGAUGAUGCACAUGACCUUCUAUUGGGGCAGGUACGUUACGAUUCUCUUCGAUUCGUGGAAGACCGAUUCGUGGCUGAGUUACGCGCUGAGCUUGUUGGCGUGUCUCGUUGUCGCGAUUUUCUACCAGUAUCUUGAGAACCGCCGCAUUCGCUUGAAGCUCUUCGCCGCGGGGAUCCCAUCUUCGGCGGCGGCGCCAGAGAUCGAGGCGCCUCUACUGCGGCGGAAGUUGGCGGGGGAGAGAGCGAGGUUGGGAGUGAAGGUUGCGGGAUCGGUGCUGUUUGGGGUGAGCUCGGCGAUCGGGUAUUUGCUGAUGCUGGCGGUGAUGUCAUUCAACGGUGGGGUGUUUCUGGCCAUCGUUUUGGGUCUUGCAAUUGGCCAUUUCAUUUUCAGGAAUGAGGGUGAAGCUUCCGUUGUUGUUGAUAGUUCUUGUGCCUGUGCUUAAUUAUUCAUUCCCUUCAAAAUCACUCUUUUUUUUUCUUUUCUCUUUUAGUCCUUUUGUUUAAUGUUUGAUGGAAUUUGUGAUCUGGGGGUAUUUUGGGAGGAUGGAAUUUGGGUUUGUGUAACUAGUUAAGUACUUGUAAACUGUUUAAACAACGUAGAAAUGUACUAUUUACAUUGUGGCUGCUUCAUUUGGGCGUGUUUCUAUGGAGAAUGUCACGAGUGUGGUUGCAAUUUGUAAGACAAAUUAUUUUGUUGGUUC